AUGGCUGACAGUGGUUUGAAAAGAAACAUCCCGAUCAAGCUUGGCGAUUUUUCAGUCAUCGAUACAGAAUUCUCGAGCAUAAGGGAGAGAUUUGAUGCGGAAAUGCGAAAAAUGGAAGAAGAAAUGAGCAAAUUUCGUUCGGAGCUCAUGAAUAGGGAGAGCAACAAUUUCUUCAAAAGCACAACGAGCUCUACUACAUCUACACAGCACAGCGAUGGCAGGCAGCUAGCCGAACCCAGCCACUGGGACAGUCUCAACUCCCCUCUGAUCCAGGAUGAGGGUGAUGGUAAAUCGUUGAAGCUAAGAUUCGACGUCAGCCAGUACACUCCUGAAGAGAUCGUCGUGAAGACAGUCGACAACAAAUUAUUAGUGCACGCGAAACAUGAGGAGAAGUCAGACACAAAGUCAGUGUACAGAGAAUACAACAGAGAGUUCCUUCUGCCGAAGGGCACCAACCCCGAGGCUAUUAAAUCGUCACUUUCACGGGAUGGUGUUCUGACUGUUGAAGCUCCUUUGCCACAACUCGCCAUUACUGACAGGAACAUCCCCAUCCAGAAGCACUGA